AUGGGCCCCUCUGGCAGCGGCAAGAGCACGCUGCUCUCGAUACUCUCCGGCGCCGUUGAGUCCGUCGGCGCCGGCGCGCGCGUCGACGGCGCGGUGUCGCUCGGCGGCGAGCGGCGGCGCGGCGCGCUGCGGAGGGUGACGGCGUUUGUGCCGCAGAAGGAUGUGCUGCUGCCGGCGCUGACGGUGGAGGAGUGCGUGCGGUACAGCGCGCUGCUGCGGCUGCCCGGCAGCCUCAGCCCGGGGGAGAUCCAGGAGCGCAUCGACGGCGUGCUGGCUGAGCUCGGCCUCUCCCACGUCGCCACCAGCCUCGUCGGCGGCAGCGCCUCCAUCCGCGGCGUCAGCGGCGGCGAGCGCCGCCGCGUCACCAUCGCGAUGGCGCUCGUCACCCGCCCGCGCCUCGUCAUCAUGGACGAGCCAACCAGCGGCCUCGACUCGUUCACCGCGUACAACCUCAUGCGCACCGCCCAGGAGAUUGCCAUGCACGACCGCGUCGUCAUCAUGAGCCUGCACCAGCCGUCGCCCGACAUGUUUGACUCCCUGUCCCAGGUGCUGCUGCUGGCCAAGGGGCGGCUCGCGUACCUGGGGACGCCCGCGAGCGUCGGGCCGCACUUUGCGGCGGCGGGCCUGCCAGUGCCCCGGCGGCGGCAGCCAGCGGAGCAUAUGCUGCACGUCGCGUCGCAGCCGGCGGGGCUAGCGAUGCUGCUUGCAUACGCGGAGAAGUGCGGCGAGGCGCGCCGGCGCGUGGCCGGGCUGGGGGCGGCCGCCGCGGCGGCCGCCAACGGCGCGGGCGCGGGCGCGGCGGCCAGCAUUGCGGCAAACCUCGCGCGUCUGGAGCAGGUCAGCAAUAGCAGCACCAGCAGCAGCCCCACGCUCCUGGCAAUGUAUGGCGGCGCUGCCGCCGCCGCUGCCGCCGCCGCGCCGCCGCCACCGCCGCCGUCAUCCGCGCCCGCCGUGGCCGCAGCAGACGCGCCUGACGACGCGUGCGGCGGCGUCUGCGCGCGCGCGGCCGCUGCGGCGCGCGCUGCCGCGCGCGAAUGCGCGGUCCUGUACUGGCGCGCCUUCACCAACAUGCGCCGCGAGCCGCGGCUGCUCAUGCUGCACCUCCUCGUCGCGCUCAGCCUCGGCCUCGUCGUCGGCGCCGUCUUCUUCAAGCUGGAGAACACGCAGGUCGGGGUUCAAAACCGCCUGGGGGCGAUGUUUUUUGCCCUGGCGCUGUUUGGGUGGACGAGCGUGUCUGUGGUGGACGGGCUGGUGCUUGAGAGGGAGCUGGUGGAGCGAGAGGUGGCGGGGCACUACUACAGGGGCGGCACCUACCUGCUGUCGAGCCUGGUGCUGGACGGGCUGCUGCUGAGGACGCUGCCCGCGCUGCUCUUCAGCGCCCUGGUGUACCCCAUGGUCGGGCUGCUGCCCGAGGUGUCGCGCAUCGUCACGUUCAUGUUUGUGCUGGCCACCUACAGCUGCACUGUGGGCGCCCUGACCACCGCGCUCACCGCGCUGUGCCGGACCUCCUCCGCCACCACCCUGGCCAUGAACAUCAUCCUGCUCAUGUGGGUCCUCGUCGGCGGCUACCUGGUCAACCCCAUGUCUAUCCCCCCGUGGCUGCGCUGGAUCCGCAACCUUAGCCCCAUGAGCUUCGCCUUUGAGGUGCUGGCAGCCAACGAGAUGGCCGACCAGAUGUACAGCCUCAAGGUCUCCGGCUUUGCCCAGCUGGAGGGGAUCAAGGGCGACGUGUUCCUCCGCACCCUCGGCCUCGUGCCGUCACGCGCGUUCGAGUCUGCCCUUGGCCUCGCGGGCUUCUACCUCGGGUCUGUCGUGCUGGCGUUCUCCGCCACGAGCUUCACGCUGUGGCGCCACGGCGGUGGCUCGACGAGGCGCGCCCUGCAGCGCCUGGCGGCUGCGCUGCUCUGCAGGGGCGGGCGCGGCACCGCUGCGCAGUGA